AGCUUUUCGAUUGAGAACAAUGUUUCCCCUUCUGAGCCCCAUCUUGCCUCUUAUCUUAACCUGUACAAACUGUUCGUAAACAUCGUUUUGAAUCAUAAACCAACAUGCAUUGUGAGAAUAGUCUUCCAGAUACGUAUACACCAGAAUUUCAUGACAAUCGUGCUGUUUUACAAAUGCCCCACAAUACUUUAGGAAAAACUGGAUUGAAGGUGUCAAAACUAAGUUUUGGGGCAUCGUCUCUAGGAAACGUUUUCCGUUCAACCAAUGAGAGUGAGAGUAUAGAGGUGGUUCGUGAGGCCCUCCGACAGGGUAUAAAUUACAUUGAUGUUGCGCCUUGGUAUGGACACGGGCUGGCAGAGAAGGUGCUGGGAAAGGCAUUGGAUGGCAUCCCCAGAACCGCAUAUUAUAUUGCUACAAAAGUAGGCCGCUAUCAACCGGAAGUGGACAAAAUGUUUGAUUUUUCUGCUGAGAGGACGUUACGGAGUGUGGACGAAAGUUUACAAAGAAUGGGACUCGACUUUGUCGAUGUUAUACAGGUCCAUGAUAUGGAAUUUGCACCUAGUCUAGAUAUUAUCAUAAACGAAACUCUUCCGGCGUUGCAAAAAGUUCAGCAAAGCGGUAAAGCUCGGUUUAUAGGAAUCACUGGAUAUCCACUCGGAAACUUUCGAACUGUGCUCGAGAGAAGUACCGUAAAAAUCGACACAGUUUUGACCUACUGUAGAGCAUGUAUCCAUGACAACGGAUUGCAAGAAUAUAUACCGUUCUUUCAGGAAAGGGGCAUUGGCAUUAUCAAUGCUUCACCGAUUGCAAUGGGCCUACUUUCAAAUCAAGGACCGCCCGAUUGGCAUCCUGCAACAAAAGAUAUCAAAGAUGCCUGUGCUAGAUCAGCAUCAUUUUGUAGAGACAAUGAUUGCGAUAUUUCAAAACUUGCAAUGGCGUAUACCUUGGGGUUUCCUGGCGUCCACACCACAUUGUUUAGUACUGCAAGUUUGGGAAAUUUAAGGAAAAAUUUAGCAUGUGCUAACACUCAACUCUCACACAAAGAAGAAGACGUUUUAAAGGAGGUUAUUAAAAGGUAUAUAGAUCCGCUACCAGUACACCAUUGGGAAGGUGUAGAGGUAGACGAAUACAAGCGUCAACUACAGGGUGUACCAGAUGAGCAUACUUUCAAACUUGGAUGACGCUGUUCAUUGAUAUUAUUUUACGGGCUUCAGGUCUAUCAAUUCAGUAUUUAUUUUUUAUUCAAAGUAAACUAUUGCUCAAA